UAUAUUAGAACCUGGUCGUAAAGUGGUGCAUAAAGUUCGGGGGACGAAUAAAUUGAGAAAGGUUUAUGUUCACCUGACUAGCACAGGCGGGGAGUUAAAAAUUAAUGACGAAGUGCUAAAGCAAGGUGACGGGGCAUUUGUGACUAAUGUUAAAUGUGAUUAUGAAAUUUCUUUUGAAUCUACUGGGACGAAAAAUGCCGAAUUUGUUCUUUUUGAUUUAGCUUAA